UUACCAACACUACCAUAUAAAUUUUUUAAACCGCCAUAUCCAUACACAAUUUUCCAUCAAUGUAUACAACAUUUUCUAAAUUGAGGGAGAACGCGAUUUUUAUUUCCAACGCAUUGAAUGGUCAAGUCGAACGCCAUAUUUUGUUUUGCAUCCAAAAACCAGUAAUUUCAGUUGUUUUUAACAUUCAAAACCACAAAAAAAUGAGUGACUAUCAAAAUGUAUCUGCAGACGCACUAAAUGCCGCCCAUUUGGAGCUCCAAGGCAAUCCCGCUGCCCUGAGACGUCCAUUCGAUCCAACAGCACACGAUCUCGAAAGCACCUUUCGUCUAACUCGUUUUGCCGAUCUAAAAGGUCGCGGCUGCAAAGUACCCCAAGAAGUACUUGGAAAACUUGUCUCCUCCCUACAACAAGACUAUUCUCUACAAGAUGAUUCUCAAUUCAUGCACAUGGCAAUACCCCGCAUCGGUAUCGGCCUUGAUUGCUCUGUUAUUCCACUCCGACAUGGUGGACUUUGUUUGGUCCAAACAACCGACUUUUUCUAUCCCAUUGUCGACGAUCCCUACAUGAUGGGUAAAAUAGCUUGUGCCAAUGUGUUGAGUGACCUCUAUGCCAUGGGAGUCACCGAGUGUGACAACAUGUUGAUGUUGCUGGCUGUAAGUACAAAGAUGACCGAAAAGGAGCGGGAUGUUGUCAUUCCGCUGAUUAUGAGGGGAUUCAAGGAUUCUGCCUUGGAAGCUGGCACAACUGUCACAGGUGGUCAGAGUGUUGUUAAUCCUUGGUGCACAAUCGGUGGGGUAGCUUCGACCAUUUGUCAACCCAACGAAUACAUUGUUCCAGACAAUGCUGUGGUUGGUGACGUUUUGGUUAUGACGAAACCUCUCGGGACACAAGUUGCUGUGAAUGCACAUCAGUGGCUUGAUCAACCAGAGCGAUGGAAUCGCAUUAAAUUGGUUGUGUCGGAGGAGGAUGUUCGCAAGGCAUACCAUAGAGCUAUGAGCUCGAUGUCGAGAUUGAAUCGGACAGCUGCUCGUUUGAUGCACAAAUAUAACGCUCAUGGGUCGACUGAUAUCACUGGAUUUGGUUUACUCGGGCAUGCACAAACUUUGGCUUCGCAUCAAAAGAAAGAUGUUUCUUUUGUUAUUCACAAUUUGCCAGUGAUUGCGAAGAUGGCUGCAGUAGCGAAGGCAUGUGGAAAUAUGUUUCAAUUGUUGCAGGGACAUUCGGCAGAGACAUCGGGUGGAUUGUUGAUUUGCUUGCCGAGGGAGCAGGCUGCAGCUUAUUGCAAGGAUAUUGAGAAACAAGAAGGCUAUCAGGCAUGGAUUAUUGGGAUUGUAGAGAAGGGUAAUAAGAGUGCCCGGAUUAUUGACAAACCACGAGUUAUUGAAGUUCCAGCUAAAGAUUAAAUUGGAGGAGUUUUCAUUUUUUUUUCUUUUUUUUUUAAUUUCCUGUACUAAUUAUUAUGUUAACGAUUCUUACUUGUAGAAAAACUAGUUUUUAAUUUUUUUGUGUCAACCAAAUCUUGAAAGAAAAAAUAAACUAUUUGGUUAUUCGAUAAUAA